AUGGGCGCGCUGUCCACCCGCUGUCAGUCAGGGCCGGGGGCGGGGCUCGGGGCUCGUCCAAUGGGCGCGCGGUCCACCCGGAUCGCGGCGGGCGGGGCGGCUUCCGCAGUGCGCGCCUUUGUGUCGGAGCGCGCGGCCCGUCCUGCAGCUCGGGGACGCCGGGACCGUUUCCUUCCUGGAGUUUGGGGGCUUCGGUUCCCACUGUGCGGCCCGAGCCACCGUGCGGCGGCAGAGCGGACGGAGCCGCUGGCGUUGGGGACGCCGGACAUGGAGUUGGUAUCAUUUGAAGACAUAGCUGUGGACUUCACCUGGCAAGAGUGGCAGGACCUGGAUGUUGCUCAGCGAAGCCUCUACAGGGAUGUGAUGCUGGAAAACUACCACAGCCUGGUGUUCUUGGGGAACUGUAGGACCAAACCAGUUUUGAUUUUUAAGUUGGAGCAUGGAUUUGCACCAUGGAGUGUAGAAGAAAACUCAAUUCAGAGACUUCCAGCAGAAUUAAAAAGUCAACAGAAAAUCAUUUGGACAAAGCUUCAUGAAUUUAUACAAUGCCAGAAUGCUGAGAGGCCGUAUGAAUAUAAUGAAUAUGAGAAUGUGUUCUACAAAAAGCCAAAACUCACUAUGUUUCAGAGAACUGAUAAAAGUAAGAAGCCAUAUAAAUACAAUAAACAUGGGAAAUCUUUCCUUAUUAAAUCCGACCAUAAUACACAUCAGAAAAUCCAUACAGGAGAGAAGCCAUGUAAAUGUAUUGAAUGUGGGAAAGCUUUUGCGUCGAAGUCAAAUCUCAGUGUGCACCAGAGAACACAUACAGGUAAGCCGCCAUAUGAAUGUAAUGAAUGUGGGAAAGCCUUCAUCUUCAAGUCACGGCUCACUGUGCACCAGAGAACUCACACCGGUGAGAAGCCAUAUGAAUGUAAGCAGUGUGGGAAAGCUUUUAUCCUCAAAUCACGACUGACUGUGCAUCAGAGAACUCAUACAAGUGAGAAGACAUAUGAAUGUAAUAAAUGUGGGAAAAGUUUCAUAUUCAAGUCAUAUCUCAAUAAUCACCAAAGAAUCCAUACAGAGGAGAAGCCAUAUUUAUGUCAUGAGUGUGGGAAAAGUUUCAUAACCAAGUCAUAUCUCAAAAAGCACCAAAGAAUCCAUACAGGGGAGAAGCCGUAUGCAUGUCAUGAAUGUGGCAAAACUUUCCUACAAAAGUCAAAUCUUAUUAGUCACCAGAAAAUUCAUGCAAAUCAGAAGCCCUAUGAAUGUAAGGAAUGUGGGAUACCUUUUCUUACCAAAUCAUAUCUUAAUAAUCAUCAGAGAAUUCAUGCAAGGAAGAAUCCAUAUGAAUGUAAUAGAUGUGGGAAAACUUUCAUCUUAAAGUCAAAGCUUACUAUGCACCAGAAAACUCAUAAACGUGAGAAGCCAUAUGAAUGUAAUGGAUGUGGAAAAGCUUUUAUCUCUAAGUCACACCUAAUUAUACACCACAGAACUCAUACAGGUGAGAGGCCAUAUGAAUGUAAUGAAUGUGGCAAAGCUUUCAUCUCCAAGUCAAAUCUCAAUAGUCACAAGAGAAUUCAUGUAGGUGAGAAAUCAUAUGAAUGUGACAAAUGUGGGAAAGCUUUCAUCUCUAAAUCACGGCUCACUAAGCAUCAGAAAACUCAUACAGAUCGGAGUCCAUAUAAAUGUAAUGAAUGUGGGAAAGGUUUCAUCUCCAAGUCAUAUUUCUCGGUACACGAGAGAAUUCACACAGGUGAGAAACCAUAUGAAUGUGAUCAAUGUGGGAAGGCUUUCAUCAUCAAGUCACAUUUUAUCGUGCACCAGAGAAUACAUACAGGCGAGAAGCCAUAUCAAUGUAAUCAAUGUGGGAAACUUUUCUAUGGUAAGUCAGAUCUUAAUAAACAUCAGAGAAGUCACACAAGGGAGAAGCCAUAUAAAUGUACUGAAUGUGGUAAAACUUUCAUUUUCAAGUCAAGACUCACUAGGCAUCAGAGAACACAUACAAGAUUGAAGCCAUAUGAGUGUGACAAAUGUAAGAAAGCUUUCAUCUAUAAGUCACGGCACACUAAGCAUCAGAAAACUCAUACAGACCGGAGUCCAUACAAAUGUAAUGAAUGUGGGGAAGGUUUCAUCUCCAAGUCAUAUUUUGCUGUGCAUGAGAGAAUUCACACAGGUGAGAAACCAUAUGAAUGUGAUCAAUGUGGGAAGGCUUUCAUCGUCAAGUCACAUUUUAUUGUGCACCAGAUAAUACAUACAGGCGAGAAGCCAUAUCAAUGUAAUCAAUGUGGGAAACUUUUCCAUGGUAAAUCAGAUCUUAAUAAACAUCAGAGAAGUCAUACAGGGGAGAAGCCAUACAAAUGUACUGAAUGCGAUAAAACUUUCAUUUCCAAGUCAAGACUAACUAGGCAUCAGAGAACUCAUGCAAGAGAGAAGCCUUAUGAAAGUAAUAGAUGUGGGAAAAUUUUCUUUUCCAAGUCAUAA